ACAGAGAGACGGGAAAUGUAGUUCGGGGAAGCCAUGCUGAAGGAGAACACCGAAUCCCAGCAGGCACUGCGUGCUCAUUUGCUUUGUUCAACCUUUUUUUGCCACCGCAUAGAGGGAUGGGAAAUGUAGUUCUCCCCCCUUGACUAGGGAGAACAACAGCCCUUCCGAUAACUAACCUAGAAGUAGGAAAGGUGGGUGGCAGCUGGUGGUCUUCAGUGGUGAUACCCUCAGAGAGCUACCAAGUUGGAGGCGCUCAAUUAUCCCCCUUCCAAGUUCAGGAAAGCUGAAUAUUAAUAUUAAAUAUUUCCUCCACUUGGCUUCACUGAAAGAUCACACCAUAUAACAUGACUUCCCAGAAUUGUAUUGUUCAGAGAAGCUGAAUUAGGAGAUUUCAAAGUUGGUUACACCAGUGUUGCUUCAGUGAAACUUCACUGACUUCAAUUUCAAACACCUACACUUUGAUUUGCAGGUCAUUGAAGAGCCAUCCACAGAGCCAUCUGGUGCUCCAGGGAACACUGUGCCAGCAGUUCUUCGGUGGUGCCAUGGUUUUCUGAACCUCUGGGUGCCAGCUGGCAAGGGGGUUACAAAAAUAUCCUGAUUCUGCUUACACAGAACAGCAGGAAUUGAAUAAUGAAGGGCCAAAAUCCAUUUGCUGUUGAUGUAAGAUCUUAACUGCAGUUUUUGCUAAGAACUUUUCAUGUAGGCCUGAAGUCCACAGCUCGGCUGGGCCAUGGGGGCCAGCUAACAGAGAACAAUACUUAGGAAUGUACCUGUUGGUCAACCGGGAGAGCGGAUACCUUAUUCCCCUGGACCCCCAAGUUGGGAUUUAACCUAUACACUACUAACACGGCUGCUACUCUGAAACCUGAAAAUGGCAAGAAAUUACUGAUGACUGAAAAAAGAUAUAAUCAGUUCUGCAAACAAUAUAUUGCUUUUGGAUUCACAUCUCUACAAAUAGUGAUCCACCUCAACCUUUGUGUUCCUUUGCGGAGAAACUCUUAUCAAUUAACAGUAUGAAACCAGCGCAUUUGCAAUGACAUUUGAAGACAAAACACCCCGGGCAUGCAGUUCACUAAUUACUGACCCUGAUGGCUCAACAUUGCUUCAGAAAUGAGUAUUUUGACAGCUUGCUGCAAUCUUGUAUACCCUGUCAACUUCGAUGUUCCAGUAAGCCACCUUUUUCAUGUCAGAGCUAUUGUAAUGAGAGUACUACAGGUCAAGUAAAAGUAUCAGAUGGAAUUCUUUGGAUUGGUUUGGGAAUAGGAGUGAUUUUAACAUUGACAGUGUUCAUAUUAAUGGUCUUGUUUAAAAUGAGGCACCCAAAACAAUCAAAGGAAGAACUGAAAAACACAGAAUCUGCAGUGGAGCUGAAUAUUAUACUCAAGGCUGAUACUGAGACCAGUGUGAAUACAGAUAUAAUUGGAGAUUCCCUCCAAAGUGAAGCAUCACUGAUGUAUUCAGAGGAGGAAUGCACUUGCGGGGACUGUGGGUUGGUGAAACUCCAAACUGGCUUUGAUACUUCAUUCCCAUUACCAGCCACAGAGGAAGGAGCUACUGUUCUGGUCACCACAAAGACUUCUGAAUAUUGCAGCUAUAUUCCAGGUGCAAUGAUGACUCUGUGAUAGGGAAAUGAAAGCAUUUUUUACUACAUAAUAAUCAAUCAGCUCAUCCAGUAUAGGUAUACUCAUAAAUUUUAUUAUUUGCUGUCAGUAGAGAAGGAUAGUACAUGUGGUUUCUUUAUAGCUCUUACAUUUAACUUUCAUAGGUAUUAUAUUAUUUCUAAUUUUAGUCUCCCUUGGGAGCUAUUUACUGGAACUUAUAAGCUAUAAGAACCCCUGCGUGGGGAAAACUUUUCUGCACUAUCAUUAAAGACUAUAUUUACUAGUCAAAAGUUUGGAUGUGCAUAAAUGCCAUCAAUAAACAAGCUCAAAUAUAUAUUUAAUGACUAUGUCACACAAAUAAAUCUUGUACCAAAAUGUUUUUGUAGUACUAAGAGGUGAAAAAAAAAAAAAAGGUAUGUAGCAUCACUUUUGUACCACUUCAGAGAUCCAGAUUCUGAGAUUUUGGGGCCCAGUGAAAAUGGAAAUGCUUGCAAAGGAAAUGCUCUAAUACUGGAUACAUCUAUGGAAUAUGAAAUUAUAUCCAGUUAAGAUAUCAGCUGUGAGCUAUACUGGAAGAGGAGAUGGUAUUGCAGAACCUCUAACUGCCAAUCUGGUUCCUGAUAGUAGAGGAGGGCUUUCUUUUAUGGACCAAACAUUUUCAAAAAAUGUAAAAUCUCCCUAUUUUAGCAUGGGCUCCAUAAUGAUCUUUUGUACUUAGCAGGGAUUUACUAGGAGUAUCAGCUAGCUAUAUGCUAAAAAUUCAAUCUAAAAUUAGGUAUGCCUAGGUAUCUAAAUAAGUGUUAUGGUUUUCAUAGCUGCUGAGCACUUGCAGUUCCCAUUUAAGUCAAUGAAGGCUGUUUGUGCUCAGCAAUAAUCACCUUUGUACUACUAGAGCACUGUCUAUCCAAGUGUAAGGGGACAGUUAUCCCCUUACUAACAUUGAGUGCGGGUGUUUGGUUGCUAGCUCCCAGCACUAAAAAGGGAGGGAUCGAUGGCAAAUCAGGGCCCUGAGACUGACAGUCCCCAGGAACAAUGGUGAGAGGCCAGUGCUCCAGGUCAGCCUGAUUGACAGGGCGGGCAGGCUAAUCAAAGAGACAGAAGGCCAGGGUGGGUCCUGUCCUCCAUGUGAGUCGAAAUUGCCUGGGUCAGACAGAGGGGGGCCGAGCUAAGGUGAGAGUAGGGGGCCAAGCUAAGCUGCUAGGAGCAGAGCUGCAGCCUAAAAAGCCAGAGCACAGCCCAGAGAGAGCAGACCUGCCCUGGGAGCAGAGCUGCAGCAACCAGAGCCAGAGGGGCCAGACAAGCAGCCCAGGAAGCAAGUGAGAGCUGAGAGAGAUUCACAGAAGCAGCCUGCAGAGCAGACCUGCCCUGGGAGCAGAGCUGUACAAGUGGAGCCAGGGAGGCCAGAGAAGCAGCCCAGGGAGCUGAAGGCAGAGCAGCAGCAGCAGCCGUGCUGAGGCAGUGUGGAGCUGGGGCUGGAGCAGUCCGGAGCUGGGUGCGGUGAGCAGCUGGGGAAAGCGAGGGGACCCUGGGCAGUGGGCCUCAGCCAAGAGGCCCUGCAGGCCAGACUUGGAGGGGGAUCGUAACCCUGACAGAGUGGGAGUGACAUUGGGGAGAAGGGUCCUGCCACCCAGAGCCUGAGAGAGUGUGUGGCCACCGCCAGAGCAAGUGUCCAACCUGCAGCGUCCCUGCAGCACAGCCAAGGCCUGAGAAGGAGGCCUGGGACCUACAAGGAACAGACUGUGAAGUGCCCUGAUGUCCAGAGACACUGUUUGUGAUGGUCCCUGCCACAGAGCAGGGUGAUGUGUUUUCUUUUAACCUUUCCCAUUUUUCCUUAUUCUUUUUUUAAAAUUGUUAAUUAAAUAACUUGUAUUUGC